UGUCCUGCUGUCCCGCGGUGGCGGCGAGUAUGCCGGCGUUGGCUCCUCGGUCUCCGCCGCCGCAGCGUCGGGGGAUACGGCUGAAUCAGGCUCCGAGGCUAUCCUGCUCAGUGUCCAGGUCUGGCAUGCUCUUCUUUGCAGGGGAUGAUGUGCGACGGGUGCGCCGCAAGCGUGAAGAGGAUUUUGGAGAGCCAACCUGAGGUUACUUCUGCUACUGUUGGUUUUAAGGAAGCAAGUGCAGUCGUAUGGACAACAGCUGAGGCCAAGGCUUCAGAAGAUUGGCAGAAGCAAUGUGGAGAGAAACUUGCUAAGCACCUUGGCACCUGUGGAUUUCAGUCUCACCUGCAAGAGCAAGGUGAAGCCAAAUAAAGCUGAUUCUGAAUAUAAAUGGUGUUGUCCGAUGAAGUUUACCGUCCGAGUUCACCUGAAUGAGCACAUGGUUCAUUUUCUACCAGCAUCUCUGUUGGCGGAAAGUUCUGCUACCCCAAAUUACAGCGUUCCUGCGCAUGCCUUGGUGCUAGUGUGCUAGCAUAAUAGAUUCCUUUUUCAUGGGCUUUAGCUAGAUCAAUUGGAAAGCAUUCACUGAAGUACUAUGCUAAGAUACUAGGUCGUUGUUCCAAGCCAAGGGGUUUGCUUAACUCCUUUCUUCUCUCCUAUGUACUCGUCACUGUUAUGAAUAUAUAAGUACAAUCGUGUUUUUGCAUAGCUCAUCA